AUGCCCAGACCCACUGCCGUUUUGGGUUUGAGCACUGGCCAACGGGUGGUGACUGUUCAGAAGGGUCCCCUCUACCGCGUGAGGGGGUCCCACAUCACGCUGUGGUGCAAGGUGAGCGGCUACCAGGGCCCGGCGGAGCAGAACUUCCAGUGGUCCAUCUACCUGCCCUCGGCCCCCGGGCGGGAGGUGCAGAUCGUCAGCACCGUCGACCCCUCCUUCCCCUACGCCAUCUACACCCAGCGUGUGCGCAGCCGGGGGAUCUACGUGGAGCGGGUGCAGGGGGACGCUGUCCUGCUGCACAUCACCGAGCUGCAGGACCGGGACGCCGGGGAGUACGAGUGCCACACGCCCAACACCGAUGAGAGGUACUUUGGGAGUUACAGCGCCAAGACGAACCUCUCAGUGAUUGCAGACACCCUCUCGGCUUCCAUGGCCCCCCAGGUCCUCACCCACACUGAAGGGGAUGCGGUGGAGCUCACCUGCAAGGUGUCCAAGUCCACUGCCCAGCACACGCAUCUCUCUGUUGGCUGGUACCAUCUUCAGGAAGCAGGAGACCGCCGCGCCGAGGAGGUCCUCACCCUCUCCAAGGACUUCGUCUUGAGGCCAGGGCCCUCUUACGUGCAGAGGUUUCUGGCGGGGGAUGUGCGGCUGAACAAGGUUGGGAACACCACCUACAAGCUCUCCAUUGGGGGCGUGGAGCUGUCCGACCGGGGGCAGCUGUACUGCGAGGCAGCCGAGUGGAUUGAGGAUCCUGAUGAGACAUGGAAGGACAUCUCCCGCAAGCAAACAGGGAGGACGUCACUGGCGGUCAUGAGCCAGGGCAGAGACCUCUCCAUGGACAUCACUGCCACUGAAAGCUCCCUUUCUGAAGGUGAUACCUUGCAGCUCAAUUGCACGGUGGGAGCCCAGAAGAGCAGCAGCAGGCACUUCCAGGUGCUUUGGCUCCUCAAUGGCAUGGAAGUGGCCAGGGUUGAACCCCAUGGGAUAUUGAUUUGGCAGGAAGAAUAUGAGGAGAGAGCCAAGCUGGGGCAUCUCCAAGCAUUCAAGCAAAGCAGCACAGUUUAUGUCCUUACCAUCUAUGAGGUGGGGCUGAAGGACAACGGUACGUACCACUGCUCUGUUUCGGAAGUGAAGACUCCUGGAGACAUUCACAGCAUCCAAACCAAACUGUCGUCAGGCAUCCAAGUCAACGUGAAGCCGAUAGAGAGCCACAUGCACCUGUCCGUGUCCACCAGCACGCCACAGGUCAUGGCAGGAGACGCCUUGGUCCUCCUUUGUGAGGUGCAAGGAGCGACCAGCCCUGUGUCCGUGCAGUGGUGGCACCUGCCACCGCAGCACCCGGGUCCCCGGGUGCUGGUGGCCACCAUGGAGCGGGAUGGCACCCUGAGCCUGGGCGACGCCUACCGGGACAGCGGGACUCGAGGGAGCCUCCGGCUGGAGAAAGCGAGCUCCGGCGCUUUCACCCUGGUGAUUCCCAACACGUUGGACGAGGGCGACAGCGGGCGGUACGGGUGCAAAGUGACGGAGUGGUCCCGAGGCCAGAGCUGGACGGAGGAGGGGGAGACAGCAGUGACAGUCAGCUCCAUGGGUGAGUUGGGCCACCCCUAUUUCUGGGCUUUCAAGCUGGUCAUGCUGGAGGCAAGGCUGGAGAAGCGGGUGGACACAUGUGGUCUCGGUCUGCACGCCACGCUGACAAGCCGAAUUGCCACUGUCAGAUAUGGGCAGAGUUUUGAACUCGUCUGCCAAGUGAGCGCCAGCUACACCCUCGAGGAGGUGCCGGCGUCCGUGGGGUGGCUCUUCCAGCCCAGCCCACCCACCGGCCACUACCACGAGCUGGUCCGGGUCUUUCCCAGCGGCACUGUGGCCUGGGGAGCAGCACAGCCACGCUUCCAGGGGAAAGCCCAGCUGACAAAGGCUGCCACCUCCUUCAGGCUGCACAUCCGCAAUGCCGCGGCUGCCGACGAGGGGACGUACCAGUGUGAGGUGGAGGUCUGGAGGAAGAACACCCUGCCGCUGGGGCGGCCGGCGGCCACCACCAGGUCCAAUGCUGUGGGGAUAAAGCUGGUGCUGCCAGAAAGCAAGCUUCGUGUAGCUAUGAAAGAAAGCUCUGUGGAGACUGUCAGCGGUGCCAACACAGCCAUUGAGUGCAGGAUCAUGUUUGCCCAGAACAAUUCUCAGUUUGCCAUUACCUGGUACCUCCUACCUCCUCCUCUGGCAGAUGCACCCCCCCUGCAAAUCCUAAGGGCCGACUACAGCAGCAUACUGGAAUAUGGGGCUGAGUUCAGCUCUCCUGCACAAAAAUCCCGGUUCCUGAGCCAGAGGGUGUCCAGCAAUGUUUUCUGGCUGCGGAUACUCUCUGCAAACCCUGGGGACCAGGGCAGGUACUACUGUGUAGUAGAGGAAUGGCUCUGGCUGGUGGAUGGCUGGUACAAACUCGGAGAGGGAGCAUCGGGAAGCACCAUGCUGGAGUUCAAGCUCCCAGGGCGUGAACUGCAGCUGGAGAAAACCAACCACAGCGUCUCAGCGAGGGAGGGUGAGGAGGUGACGCUGCACUGCCUGCUGCAAGGUGCCCACCUGCCCACCACCCACCUCUCGGCCACCUGGUUUCGGGGAGAGGAAAGCAGACACGUCAGGCCCCUGCUCACCCUCCGCCAUGACGGUGCCAUCGAGUACCCCAUGGAGAGCCUGGCGAGGAGGCUGCACCUCCGCCGCCCCACCACUGGCGACUUCAGCCUGACGCUGCGCAGCGUGGAGGAGAGCGAUGCAGGGGUCUAUCACUGCCAGGUGCAGGAGUGGCAGCAGCAGAGCAAGGGGACGGAGUGGGCUCUGCAAGCCUUGGCGCGCUCAGGGUACACCCGGCUCACUACCACCCCGCCAGAGUCAACUGUUUUGUCUAGGAUCUGCUCAUCCCCACCGCUGCUGAACUUCAUCCUCUACUUACCGCUGGUUCUGAUCCUUCUCCUGGCCCUUGUUGUCUUCUGCUUGUACUUCAAAUUCAGAAAAAGCAAGAAGGGCAACGUCACAGGAGACCAGCUGAUGGAACUGCAGGGAGCUGGAGGCGUUAAGAAAACUUAG